AUGAUGCUAAUUUCUAUUUCAUAUAAUCCUCAUCAUCUCUCUUUGAGAACCCACCAUCGCAAAUUCUUAUCUUGUUCCAUAGAUUCGCCUACUCCUUCAAUCGCUCGCAAGUUGAUCAAGGACUCGAAGCUGUCUAGAGAUUUCGUUCCAAAGAUUAAAGUCGUAGACUAUGCUCCACUAAUCCAAAGCUUAAGCCUCCGAAGAUUGCCUGAUUUAGCUCAUGAGGUCUUUAUCCAAUUGAAAUCAGACAACUUGCUGCCUAACUACACAACCCUUUCCGCUCUUAUCCUCUGCUUUGCUCAAAAUGGGUCUGUUCAACGAGCACGUACGAUUUGGGACGAGAUUUUAUACAGCUCUUUCGUGCCUGAUCUCAUUCUUAUCUCAAAGCUCGUGUCUGCUUAUGAGCAGAUUGGUUGUUUUAGUGAAGUUGCCAAAAUCACUAAGGACGUAAGUGCUAGGCAUUCUAAGCUGCUUCCUAUUGUAUGUUCACUUGCUAUUUGCUGUUUUGGGAAGAAUGGUCAGUUGCAAUUGAUGGAGGAUACGAUAGAGUUACUUGAUUCAAAGGAAAUCUCCUUAGAUUCUGCCACUGCUAAUGCAAUUGUCAGAUGCUAUAGUUUGUUCGGUACCUUGGAAAAGAUGGAGCAUGCGUAUGGCCGUGUUAGGAGGUCUGGAGUUGUGAUAGAGGAAGAAGAGAUAAGAGCUGUGUUGUUAGCGUACUUAAAACGGAGGAAAUUUUAUCGGCUACGUGAGUUUUUGUCAGAGGUUGGUCUUGGUAGAAGAAAUGUGGGGAAUAUCUUGUGGAAUUCUGUAUUACUGUCAUAUGCAGCUGACUUUAAGAUGAAAAGCUUGCAGAGAGAAUUCAUUGGAAUGCUUGACGCGGGUUUCGUUCCUGAUCUUACCACCUUUAACAUCCGCGCCCUUGCGUUUUCUAGGAUGGCUCUUUUUUGGGAUAUACAUCUCACUCUCCAACAUAUGAGACGUUUGAACAUUGUUCCAGAUCUUGUGACUUUCGGAUGUGUGGUCGAUGCAUACGUGGAUAGGCGACUAGCAAGGAAUUUGGAGUUUGUAUACAACCGAAUGAACUUGGACGAUUCUCCUCUUGUCUUAACCGAUCCACUUGUAUUUGAAGUACUGGGGAAAGGGGAUUUCCAUCUUAGCUCAGAAGCUGUUUUGGAGGCCAGUCAACGGAAAAACUGGACGUACAGGAAGCUGAUUGGAGUGUAUCUCAAGAAAAAGUUUCGAAAAGACCAGAUUUUCUGGAAUUACUAA